AUGAACGGGCUGGACCAAACAUCGACACCCAACAAGUUCUGGCUGAUGUGUCCCCGAGAUGGGGCUCCAAUUUGGUUUCGAAAGGAAGGCACGGACUUUAUCUACAAGUACUACGCACGGAAUGCCUGGGAUGUCUCCAAUCAAAUUGAUAACCAGAUUUGGCACCUCCCUGCAGUGCCGCAGGAUCUUUGGAACUCGAUUCGGAAUGCUUGGACUCAGAAUCCGCCACUCUUCAAGGGACAGCCAGUGACCUUGCAGGACUUGGCCAAUUUCAUGCGAGACACCUUGCGGAGGGAUCCCUUCUGGACGGGCGGUCAAAAGGUGCCAUGGGUGGAUCUUCGAGGAGGUGGCGCUGGUGCUAGCAGCCCACGACAGGCUGUCAUUAUCAAUCAAAGACAGAUGGCUUGGAUCGUCAUCAAUGCUUUGAUGGGCAAUAAGCUGAAUGGCGUGGAAACAGGGUUGGAUGCUGCCAUCAAGCGCUGCAACAAGGAAUCGGAUGUGAAGAAAGGCCUGUCACCCGACAUGCUGCACUCACUCCUUGCAUUCUUGGCAGUUCUCUCGAAAGAGAUUGGAAACACAGAUGGAAGCUACUUGGUUGCUUCUACUCCAGGGCCCGUGAAUGAAGCCUGGCUUGAGAAGAUCCAAAAUCAAAACCAGGGUGGAAAGACCAUGGUGAAGCCCACACUUUGCAACACGGCCAAUUUGCAGGCGGGCAACUGCGGCAUGCAUGACUUCAUGGCUGGCGGCACGCCAGCGCAGGCCCUGACGGACAUUGCUGGCAUGGACGUGGGUGGUGGCGCGCAAUUGUGCCGUGUUGCCAACAGUCAGGAUGAAUCCUUGGUGAUUUUCUACCCCGAGGUCUUGGCCGCCUCAUUCUUCGUUGGGGAUGGCCAGAUGCUCCCCGUGCCAUUCACGAUGUUGGGUGCCAGGAGGUAUUUGAGCAGUAUUCGUGGUGAAACUGGAGUUGGCGCGCCCUAUGACAAUCAGUGUGGGAAAGUCCAAGUGCCACAGUUCUUGAACUCCAAAAUUAUGGAGAACACAGUGGAUACACAUGUUUCCAUCACUCCGGUGAAGAUCUCAAAAAGCGCCUUUGUCGCGGUGGCCUCCUAUUGCAGCGAUUGCCACAGGGGCGAAUGCUCCGAGCCCGAGAUGUUCAACAACCAGUGCGACAAUCAACGAAAGCACCUGGACGAGGACGUGUCUGCCUGGCUGCAGGCCUAUGACCACACCAACUACCACGAUGCCAUCUCGACGGCCUUUGCGGCGGUGGUGUCCCGUGUGGGAACAGGCCCUUGGGGCGCUGGAUUGUGGCAAGGGGAUGCCCAGCAGUACUUCCUGACUGUCUGGCUUGCUACAAGCUUGCUUGAGAAUGUGCAGUUGGACUACUACGUGUAUGACCACUUCUGCGAGAAUGCAGGCAUUUUGGGUCAAAAUUGA